AAUUGAAAUAAUUCAAUAUUUUUAAAUUUGAAUAUGUGCGCUUUAACAGCCAUAUUAGUUCACGUGAUCUAUGGCCACGUGAUAUGCGCAGAAAUCUACGGAGUGUCUUUCUUUCAUAAACAACGGUGAAACGGCGUAAGGAUGGCACCGAGGUAUGAAUUGGCUGUAGGCCUUAAUAAAGGACAUAAAACCACAAAAAUUCGCGUUGCGAAGAACCCAUCCAAAAAAGAAAAAACAGUUGCUAUCAGACCAGCCCGUUUUAAGGGACGUCAAACAAAACAUAGUAAAUUUGUCAGAGAUUUAAUUCGCGAAGUUACUGGACAUGCUCCUUAUGAGAAACGAGCAAUGGAGUUGUUGAAAGUAUCAAAAGAUAAGCGUGCUCUCAAGUUCCUGAAACGAAGACUGGGCACACACAUCCGUGCAAAAAGGAAGCGUGAGGAAUUGGGUAACAUUCUUGUCCAAAUCAGGAAGGCUGGUCACCAUUAAGUGAUGUUUUAAUUUUUACUAUCUGUAAGAUUAAAAAUAAAUUCAUAUUUCGUCAAUCAA